AUGGAGCCAAACGGCACCAACGGCACAGACGGCAUGGCCGGAGCCAUCCUGGAGCGGGUGGAUGAGCGGACGACAUUUUGGGUGCUGACGAUGCUUGCCACAUACGUGGGAACGUUGGUGUUAGGCACCCUGAUCCUAAGCUAUGGGCCCAAGGCCUGCCAGGCCUUCCGAAUGAAGUGGAAGAAGCGCCCGGAGGCCCUCCUUAGGAGCGGCGACGUCCCGGCCACUUUGCACGGGCAGCCGCAGGAUGCACCAGAUGGCCUCGGGACAGAAGACAUAGACACGCGCGUGCCACCCAUCGGCACUGAUGCAGAAAGUGGCAAGUCGCCCGGCAACAAAUUGAAUCAGAAGCGGGCCGUGCAAGCGGCCUUUCUGGCCACCUGUGCUGCUUGCAUGGCUGCCACAGCUUUAAGCAUGGCCAACGGACACCUCUCCAAAGAUACAGGGCUCAGUUGGGAAGGAUAUGCCACGCUGUGCGGCCUAGCCUGCAUGUGGCAGCUUGCUCAAGCCUGCAUGGCAGCGUGGCAGCUGCCCGAGCGGCGACAAUAUGGCGUGACGGCGUUCACUGAGGGCACAGUCACUGGAAUGCUUCCCUUUUUAUCCGACAGCUUCGACACGCUCAAGGAUAGCCUCUUCGGAGGACUCUGCCUGCAAUCCCAAAGCGGACUCACGCAAGCAUUGGGCGUCGUGGCUUGGCUGUACCUGAUCGCCUUUCACCUGGUUUUGCUGCGCCGAGCCAGGUUCCUGGCAGAGCUCGGGAAAAACUACUUGGCAAUAUUUCUGGCGCCAACUCAGGCGAAAAAGCCGCAGAGCGGAGCCUCCACCCAAACAGACGGGACCCAAGAUGCCCAGCAGAGGCCCUCCUCCUGCGCCAGCUGUGUCCAGAAAGCCAAAAACAUACUGCUGCCCAUGGCUUACGCUCAAGUCGCGCCUACAAAACAGUGGCUGCUGGUGAUCGAGAAUGCCCCGCAGGCCUUGAUGGCGAUCACCUAUUUGCAUCUGGAAGGGGGCGGCCUCCUGGUGGCCAUGCUCAAUCUGGCGAUCCCGCUGGUACAGGUUCUCGGCUCUUUUGUUCUUCGCCCAAUCCUGCGCCCGAUGGUGGCACCCUGGUAUGCAACACAGCUCGAUGCCGCGGCGGCGGACAGCAACCUCCUCCUGAUGAAGCGGCUCUUUCUGGAGGCAGAUUUCCACAACGACCGCGGCUUCUUCGUUCUGGUCACCAAGCAAAGCGACCUCCUGAGCGUCUUCUGCAAGAUGUUCCCGGACAGCCCAGACCUUGCCGCCAGCAUGACGAGACCUGAUCACAACCUGAAGUCCUACAUCCUGGCAUUGAGCAUAAACAGGCUAGCGUUGCGAGAUCAUCUAGAUGGUUCAGUGAGCGAGGAGCAGCUUCGGCUUUUCAUGCAGAAGUUCCCCUGGCUGAGUGGGGUCGCGCUCAUGGACUUGAAAAGCGGCGGCCGGGAGCUGGCCGGGGUCCUUGGGCUCUGCACAGACCUGCGCUUCCUAUCCCUUAAAGGCAUUGCGCUCACCCGCGAGGGAGCGGAGGCGAUCGUGAAGGCCGUCGCCGACAUGCCACUGGAGAGCCUGGUUUUACGCAGCAACAAGAUCGCAAACAUCGAGGCGCUGGCCGCUGCAGUGAAGCGCAUGACGUCAUUGAAGAGGCUCGAUCUAAGCGACAAUCCGCUGGAGCCCGGCGGUGCCAAGGCGCUGGCAGAAGGCCUCCGAGGUCACCGAGCCCUGGUGUUUCUGUGUCUCUGUGACAUUCCGUGCGGGGACGCCUUCGCGGAGGCCUUGGAGCUGUCGACCAUGCGGGUACUUCGAUCAUUGCGUUUGGCUGGUUCCAAGCUCACGGACGAAGGGGCCAAGGCCCUCGCACAGCACUGCAAGGGCCAUGGUGCGCUGUUAUUUUUUUGGUUGGAACGCAACGAGAUCGGGGAUGUCGGGGCCCAGGCGUUGGCGGAGACCGUGCCCACCAUGACCGCGCUCAGAGGGAUGGAGCUGAACGACAACAAGAUCUGGGCCGACGGCCAAGAGGCGCUGAGAGCGGCGGAGCGAGCACAUCGAGGCAGGCGACUGCGACGACGGCGGCUGCAGAUACUAAUGGGCGGUCAGGAGAAGUCGACGGAAUGA